AUGAGAAAACAACAAAAAAAACUUCCAGGCAGCGGCAGCACAGAGCGGCCGCUGCUGAGUUACUCCACACAGUUUGGGACUUCGCCUCUCCAGCUCAUCUCACGCCAUUGUGGUAGUGGUGUCGCUCAAGGACUGGCUCAGAAGCAGAUUCGGAGAACAGCCACUGCAUUUGACAAACGCAUUGUAGAGUUUUUUUUCCCGUUCCUUCCUCCACCGCGAGAGCAGCUGUCCUCCCUCUGCCACAGUACAGCAGACCCCUGCGCGCUGGGGCCCGCCUCCAAACAGAGAGACGUGCGCCACAGCCAAUCAGGGCACAGCGCAGGAGGGCCAGACUCAAGAGCGAGAGCGGUGCUGCCUUCACGAAAGCACGGAAUGGACAGAUUUUCCUGA